CCGCCUGAUAUAAAGAACGGGAGUCCAACACACGAAAGGGUUUUUAGGGUUUAACACCAACAACGUCUCUGCCGCGCCUAUUUCGAUCCCCCCUCCCUCCCUCUCCUUUCCACUCUUACACCUCUGCUACUAACCUCUUCACUCCUAUUAUCAUCUCAUCAUGUGGGCUCUUCGUAGAGCUUCGACUCCUCUCAGGAAUCAAGGAUAUAGAAUAAGAACUUCGUAUGUCUUUGGCAAACUAGAGGCGCCAUAUUCUUGCGAUGGAAAUAUAGUUGGUUCGGCUAUCAUCCCUGCUAUAUCUGAUAGAUGCAUUUCUUUUGAGAGAAAUAACCUUGCAACAUGGCGGUCCUCUGGGCUUUCUAUUAGCAGCCAUGGUCUAUCUUCACAAGCUGGUGCUGAGAACAGUGGAGAGGAAGAUGACUUGGAAGAUGGGUUUUCUGAACUUGAAACACUUCCAAGCACUAAUGCACUUGAAGAUAAUAAAGCAGCUGAUGAAAAUGAAGGGGAAUUAACCUCUGAAUCAGAACUUGAUGAUGAUGGGACUCAAAAUGAACUGGAUUUACCUGAGGUUGAAACUGAGCUUGGUGAAAAGAUAUCUGCGAAAAGGGCUCCUUCAGAGCUGUUCAAGGCUAUUUGGAGUGCUCCGGGUUUAUCUGUUCCCAGUGCACUGGACAAGUGGGUCAGUGAAGGAAAAGAAUUAAGCCGUGCUGACAUCUCUCUGGCUAUGCUCAAUCUUCGAAGACGUCGAAUGUUUGGGAAGGCUUUGCAGUUUUCAGAGUGGUUGGAAGCAAGUGGACAACUUGAGUUCGUUGACAGAGACUAUGCUUCUCGCCUUGACUUGAUUGCAAAGGUACAUGGUCUCCAUAGGGCAGAAGGUUACAUCGCCAAAAUCCCGAAAUCAUUCCAGGGGGAGGUGAUAUACCGAACUCUUUUGGCUAACUGUGUGGUCGCCAACAAUGUAAAAAAAGCAGAGGAAGUAUUUAACAAAAUGAAGGACCUUGAAUUUCCAAUCACAGCCUUUGCUUGCAACCAGUUGCUUCUUCUUUACAAGAGACUUGACAAGAGGAAAAUAGCCGACGUUCUGUUGUUGAUGGAGAAAGAAAAUGUCAAGCCUUCUCUGUUUACUUACAAGAUCCUAAUAGAUGCUAAAGGCCUUUCAAAUGACAUGGUGGGUAUGGAACAAGUUGUUGAUACAAUGAAGGCUGAAGGAAUCGAACUUGAUGUAAAUACACUUUCCAUAUUAGCGAAGCACUAUGCUUCAGGUGGGCUUAAAGACAAAGCCAAGGCCAUCUUGAAGGAGAUGGAAGAUGUGAGCUCCAAAGAAUCUCGAUGGCCUUGCAGACUUUUACUUCCCCUUUAUGGAGAACUACAAAUGGAAGAUGAAGUGAGGAGGGUCUGGAAGCUCUGCGAGGCUAAUCCUCGCAUUGAAGAAUGCAUGGCUGCCAUUGUUGCAUGGGGAAAGCUGAAGAACGUCCAAGAAGCAGAGGAAAUUUUUGAUAGAGUUUUAAAAACAUGGAAGAAGCUUUCCUCGAAACAAUACUCUACCAUGUUGAAGGUUUAUGCAGACAAUAAGAUGCUGACGAAGGGCAAGGAUCUAGUCAAGCAGAUGGCAGACAGCGGUUGCCGAAUCGGUCCAUUAACAUGGGAUGCAGUUGUGAAACUCUAUGUGGAAGCUGGGGAGGUAGAAAAGGCAGAUUCUUUCUUGCAGAAGGCGGUCCAGAAAAACCAGAUGAAGCCAUUGUUUACAUCUUACAUGGUUAUCCUGGAUCAGUAUGCAAGGAGGGGUGACGUCCACAAUGCGGAGAAAAUGUUUCAUAGGAUGAGACUAUCAGGUUACGUGGCUAGAUUCAGCCCGUUUCAAGCUCUAAUACAGGCAUACAUUAAUGCCAAGGCUCCAGCCUACGGCAUGAAAGAGAGAAUGAAGGCAGAUAAUGUGUUUCCAAACAAAGCUUUGGCAGGAAAAUUAGCCCAAAUCGAUGCAUUCAGGAAGACAGCAGUGUCGGAUUUGCUUGACUGAGGAAUUUAAUUUGAUACUUUUGGAUGUAUAAACUCCUCGGAUUUCAACUCUAUUUUACAAAUCAAGUAUUUGUUAGUUAAUCUGGUGGCUGCGCUUUGAAAUUUGACA